AUGGAUGGUAUCUCAAACAAUGGCACUGCUGGCUGGGUAUCCGGGCCCAACAUACGGGGCACGAUGGAUAUUAUUUGGUCUUCUCUGUUGACGGUCUUUCUCUGUACUUGGACAGCAGUCUGUCUGAAUCUCCCCAACCCAAAAAACAGUCAGUUUCAUAUCUUUUGUCGCCGGGCGAAGUGGAUGUUUUGGGCCAUUGUCUCUCCGGAGUUGGUCCUUUCCGUUGCUAUCGGUCAAUACGCCUCAGCACGGCGAUCUGUGAAGCGUUUUCGCAAGCUAGGAAUGAAAGAAGACAGAUGGACUCUACGACACGGUUUCUAUGCCGACAUGGGUGGGAUGCUGCUUCAGCCCAAGGACAGCACACCCUUUCUGGUCAACAGCCGUCAGUUGGCGUACCUCGUCGAGAAGCAGUAUUUAGAAUGUCCCCAAAUUACACAGAGCGAGAUAUGGGACAAGUCAAAAACGGAUACGCUCGCUAGACUGCUUAGUUUAGGGCAGGCCACUUGGCUAAUGAUCCAACUCUUUGGUCGCCUCAUUCUUAAGCUUCCGAUCACUACGCUCGAACUAUCCGCGGGUGCGAUUGUGAUUUGCACCUUUGGAACAUUUAUUUGUUGGAUGCACAAACCCAGUGAUGUGCACACCGGCAUUGUGCUCAGUAUGGAAGUCAGCACGGCCGAGGUUCUCCUUGCGGCUGGUGAUGUCGCCGCUACACCUUACCGCCACACACCUCUCGACUUCGUCGCCAAGCAGUCAUUCACAUGUGGCUACGAUGUCAUGGGGUUCUUUGGUCUACGUUUCGAUGACCGCGAAAGGCCCUUGCGACGCUUUCCAAAUGACCGAUUCCCGGAUAUCGGGACGUUUGAAAAAUUCGCCCUGUUUUGUUUAACCUCGGCGUUUGCUUCUUUUCACCUCAUAGGAUGGUAUUUCGUCUUUCCCUCUCGAAUUGAGCAAAUUCUUUGGCGGAUCUCAAGCUCUAUUGUAACAGGGGCAACCGUGCUAUACUGGGUCUUUGAAACAAUUGCUGCUCGUCAGCGGUUUGGUAGAUGGGACAAAUACCUGGUCUGGCUGCGGGUGAAGAGACCACCACCACAGCGGCAAAUUGACGCAGAGGCCACUCUGGCCCGUCAGGAUACUGUCAGUCGUUUAGACGCUUUUGAGAAAGAGCAAAGGGAGGCAAAACCUAUCCUAUAUUGGGAAAUUAUGCUUAUUCUUCCAAUAAUUUUCCUGUAUGUUAGUGCUCGGGGAUAUAUGAUUGUCGAGGUUUUUGUUAGUUUGCGCCGGCUACCAGUUGGCGCCUUCACAACCUUUGAAGUCGCGGACAUGUUACCUCACUGGUGA